AUGUCAGCCACGGCGGAAGUUUUCUAUCUGCCGAGCGCAUGCCACUGCGGGGCUGUGCGCUUCCUCGCGCCUAUUGCCCGGGAGCGGUCUUGGCUCUCUUGCCACUGCUCAGACUGCCGACGGGUGCAUGGCUCAGCCUUCUCCGUCCUAUGUCCGCUCGAGGAAAAGGAUGCACUGGGAGGCUCCAACUUUCGAGGUGCAUUGAAGGAGGGCCCCCUCUCCAUGUGCGCAGGGCUCGCAGGCAGCCUCAAUGCUUCGGUUCGUCGGCACUUCUGCCAGACGUGUGGAAGCACCUGCUUAGUCGCUCUUCACAUGGAGGGGAAGGUGGUCUUCCUCCUGGCUGUGGGGAUACUCUCCGACAAGCACUUCCCGAACAACUUCAAGCCGGAGAUGGAGGAGCUGGCGACUCAAUCGCCCGCACCUUUCGGGCCCCUGGCAGUCAGGCAGCAGUCCUUUCCUGGUCGGCCGCAGCUGCCGGCCACGGGUUCCUGCCUCUGCGGGAAGUGCCGCUUCCGGACGACGGCGAGCCCUCGGGAGUUUCAGCAUUGCCACUGCUCCAUGUGCAGAAAGCUGAGUGGCUCUGCGUACCAGACGUGGACGCCUGUGAAGCGGACGGAGGUGGAGUGGCUCACACCCACUGCCUUAAAGACGUUGCGAAGCUCAAGGCGCCUUGUCAGGUCUUUCCUAAACCCAGGGCUUCAAUGCGACCCUUAA